UUCUGCCUUGCAACACGGCUCCUUCCCGGGUCGUUGCCAACUUCGCUGGGCUCUGGCUUCCUCCAGCAGCACCAUGUCACUCUCAGCGCGCACCUCUGGGCUGCCCCGAUGGCCGUCUUCGCAGAGUGGGACAUCAGGCCAAGCCAGGGGCACAUCCGUUUCCAGUGUUGGAAGUGCUUGUACAGGAAGGGCCUUUGGCUUUGGAGGCAGCUGUGGCGGAGGCUUUUCAGCUGCUUCCAUGUUUGGUGCUGGUUCUAGCUUUGGGGGAGGCUCUGCAAGUUCCUUUGUUGGAGCACUGGGCUCAGCUUACGGGGGAGUCCUGGCAGGUGGCUUUGGAGGCCUGGGGAUUGGAUAUGGGGGAAGCCCAACAGGUGGCUCUCCAGGUAUCCUGUCUGGCAAUGAUGGAGGCCUUCUUUCUGGAUCAGAAAAGGAAACCAUGCAAAAUCUUAAUGAUAGACUGGCUUCCUACCUGGAUAAGGUUCGAGCUCUGGAAGAGGCUAAUACUGAGCUAGAAAACAAAAUUCGAGAAUGGUAUGAAACACAAGUAUCUGGAACUGAAGACCCUGGGUCACAGAAUGACUACAGUAAAUAUUAUCCUUUGAUUGAAGACCUGAGGAAUAAGAUCAUUUCUGCCAGCAUGGGAAAUGCCCAGCUCAUCUUGCAGAUCGACAAUGCAAGACUGGCAGCUGAAGACUUCAGGAUGAAAUAUGAGAAUGAGCUGGCCCUGCACCAGAGCGUGGAGGCCGACAUCAACGGCCUGCGCAGGGUGCUGGACGAGCUGACCCUGGCCAGAGCUGACCUGGAGAUGCAGAUCGAGAACCUGAAUGAGGAGCUGGCCUACCUGAAGAAGAACCACGAGGAGGAGCUCCAAAGCUUCCGGGCAGGCGGCCCAGGCCAGGUCAGCGUAGAAAUGGACGCUGCCCCCGGAGUGGACCUCACCAGGCUCCUCAACGACAUGAGGGCGCAGUAUGAGACCAUCGCUGAGCAGAAUCGUAAGGACGCAGAAGCCUGGUUCAUUGAAAAGAGCGCGGAGCUCAGGAGGGAGAUCAGCACCAACAAUGAGCAGCUUCAGUUCAGCAAGAGCGAGGUCACCGACCUGAGGCGCUCACUGCAAAACCUGGACAUCGAGCUCCAGAGCCAGCUCGCCAUGAAGAAAUCCCUGGAGGACUCGCUGGCCGAAGCCGAGGGCAACUACUGCGGCCAGCUGUCCCAGGUGCAGCAGCUCAUCGGCAGCCUGGAGGAGCAGCUGCUCCAGGUGCGCGCAGACGCCGAGCGCCAGAACGCCGAACACGAGCGGCUGCUGAACGUCAAGGCCCGCCUGGAGCUGGAGAUUGAGACCUACCGCUGCCUGCUGGACACCGAGGCCCCAAGUGAUGGUUUGGAUGAAAGUUCAUCUGAGACAGGCUCCAAAUCUCAAGCACAGUCAAUUGAUUCCUCUAAAGACCCAAGCAAAACCCGAAAAAUCAAGACUAUUGUGCAGGAAGUGGUGAAUGGUGAGGUGGUCGCAUCCCAAGUUCAGGAGGUUGAAGAACUCAUAUAAAAUUUCACAAGCUCUGCCCCAUAAUUGGUUCCUUAGGCACAAGAAAUUUACAAGUAGAAAUUAUUCCUCUCAGAGUAAGAUGCUAUAUUAGUUCACUCUCUAUUUUUGCCUGUUUCAUUUUCUUUGAAUUCCCUCCUGGAGUCCUUUUGCCCUUUAAUCACAAGUCAUUGUGGUCAUGUUAGUCUUUAUAACAAACCAAAAUUGCCUUAUACCUUUCUGGACCUGGAGUAAUCUUUUAGUUAACUUUCUUCUAGUGACCUGGAACAUGUUUUUAAUCACGGGACUUUGAUCACAUAGUAUUGUCUCAAUAAAGAUGAAUGGUAAUCA